UGAAAUUAUGCUUCUCUCGCACUUUCACCAGACACAGUUGGGUCCUCCCUUUCCACGGUUCGUCAGUUAUACGGAGCAGCAUAGCAAGACCGAACCGGACAUGGACUCGAUUCUACUCCCGGAGCCUCUAUUCCUGGGUAACCAUCGCCCCACCGCCGCUCCGGCUUACCGUUCCUUCAGUUACCAGGUGCCAUGCCUGCUCCUAUCGCCUCCCGGGAGGAGACUUGUUUCUGUGUCCACCGAUCGCUUCUCGGGACUACGGCGGUCCUUAGCUCUCGCCGCCAGUGGCACCUUGAUGACUAAUUCUCCAAGAAGUGGAGUAUACACCGUUGGUGAUUUCAUGACAAGAAAAGAAGAUUUGCGUGUUGUAAAGCCGACCACAACCGUGGAUGAAGCACUGGAAGCUCUUGUGGAAAACAGAAUCACUGGCUUUCCUGUUAUUGAUGAAGAGUGGAAAUUGGUUGGUCUUGUUUCAGAUUAUGACUUACUGGCUUUGGACUCAAUAUCAGGUGCUGUUCGAAAUGAUACCAGCAUGUUUCCUGAAGUUGACAGCACUUGGAAAACUUUCAAUGAGGUACAGAAACUGCUCAGUAAAACCAACGGUAAGUUGGUUGGUGAUUUGAUGACGCCAGCCCCACUUGUAGUACGUGAAACUACUAAUCUUGAGGACGCUGCUAGGUUAUUGCUCGAGACAAAAUACCGUCGCCUUCCAGUUGUAGAUGCCGAGGGUAAGCUGGUCGGGAUUAUCACAAGAGGCAAUGUCGUUAGAGCCGCCCUUCAAAUAAAGCGUUCUGGUGAAAUGAAAGCAUAACAUUUAGAUUUGUCCGAUUUAAGAAGCUGGGAUGAAUGUAUUCGUACAAAGUGCUCGAGUGUGUUGACAGGGGAGAUCAGAGGAUCUCAGCUUCUUUCUAUGAACAAUUUUGGCUUAUAUAUAUAUAUAUAUAUAUACAUGUAUUCAACACCAAUGAUAUUUCUAUAUAAGUAAUUACCAGGACCAAGCUUGUUAGGUA